AUGAAACGCAUUGUACAACUUGAAAAUGAGAACGGUCGUCUCCAAGGAAUAAAUGACGAAUUGACAACGAAACUGCAAGAAUCUGCAAGCGUCCAAGUACUCGAGGAGAAGGAUGCCCGUAUGCGUGAUCUAGCUGAUGAGCGUAGUCGUCUUCAGUGGAGAAUCGGCGAACUUAGCCAGUGGUGGAGCGAUGCAAAAUGGAAAAUCGGAGAGUUGGAAGCCGGUGUUGCUCAUCAGCGACAGCUGCUUGACACGGCAAACACAAAGAUUCAAAGCUUAAAUGAACAGACACCGCAAACCUCCACUACGUAUAUGAUGCCGUCAUAUUCAGUUAGUCAAGCGUAUCCAGGACAAUGGCAACUUGCUAACAACUGCUUCGCACCACCAACAAUCUCUGCACCAACGCCUUUCUACACAACACAUCUCACUCCAUAUGAAACGAAGAGAGUAAAAUUAGAAAUUGAUAUCGGCUCUACCCAGGACGUCUUCGUUAUGGGCUCGUUCCUUAACUGGCAAUGUGCGUUAAAAUGUGAUCCAGUUGGAGAAGGAAGAAAAGGCGUAACCGUUGACCUACCCAGAGGAAGGCAAGUUCUACAAGUAACUUUGCUCAAAUUUUGGAUUUUAAGAUACGAAUUCCGAUUCCUUGUCGACGGGAAGUGGGUAACGUCGUCUUUAUAUACGAAAGUUCCCAACGGGUUCGGUGGAGACAACAACCUGCUUUGGAUCGAAUAAUA